GUGUGAAGUUUAGUGUUGGAAAGCCAAGUCAUGUGUGGUUGGUGUUUUACGUUUCUUCUGUUCUUUGUGUCUUCUAUAUCAUGUAUAGAAGAUGACGUUUAUAAUAUUGGUGUUGGUAUCAGCGAUAUUACUGGCCCUGCUUCUGGUGUAGCUAUGAUGGGUUACGUUAAAAUAAGUCAAGUAACUUCGGGUAUUCACUUCAGACUCUACAGUCGUGCCUUCAUUAUCGAUGAUAACACAACACGCAUUGUUUUCGUGUCCAUUGAUUCUUGCAUGGUAUCCCAAUCGGUAAAAACUGAGGUAAUUAAAAAAUUACAAGAAGUUUAUGGUGACAUAUACACAGAGAGUAAUGUGUGCAUAAGUAGUAGCCACACACAUUCUGCACCUGGUGGAUACCUGCAAUACUUUCUCUAUGUAAUCCCUUCUGGUGGUUUCAUUAGAGAAACAUUUGAUGCCCAAGUUUCGGGGAUAUUCAAGAGCAUAGUUAAAGCUCACGAGAAUAUGCAACCUGGGCGUAUCUUCUGGAACCAAGGAGAGUUGUAUAACAUCAGUGUUAACAGAAGUCCCAGUGCAUAUCUAAGAAAUCCACCAGAAGAAAGGGAAAGGUAUCCAUAUGAUGUGGAUAAAACUAUGUCACUGAUUAAAUUUGUAGAUCUUCAGGAUAAACCAAUUGGAAUGAUUAAUUGGUUUGCUGUACAUGCUACCAGUAUGAAUAAUACCAAUCGUCUAAUUAGCGGAGAUAAUAAAGGUUACGCUUCAUUAAGAUUUGAACAAGUUAUAAAUGGUAAAGUCUUACCUGGAAAGGGACCUUUCGUUGCAGCUUUCGCUCAAGCUAAUGAAGGAGAUUCAUCACCAAAUAUUAUUGGACCCAGAUGUAGCUUGAGUGGGAAAGUUUGUGAUUUUGAAACUAGUUCUUGUAGCAAAAAGGAAGGUAUCUGCAUCUCUACAGGUCCAGGUAAAGACAUGUUUGAAAGUACAAAAAUUAUUGGGGAAAGACAGUAUGAGAAAGCAUUGGAACUCUUCCUAACUGCUACGAAUAAACUUACAGGCCCAAUUCAAUACGUUCAUCAAAAUAUUGAUAUGAGUAAUGUUGAAGUAACUGUUAAUGAUACUUACAAUGUUAAAACUUGUAAACCAGCUCUGGGGUACAGUUUUGCAGCAGGAACGACAGAUUCUAUAGGUGACUCGAAUUUUCGCCAAGGAGCAAGAUCAUCUAGCAUAUAUGGAAAUGUAAUCAGGGAUCUCAUCAAGAAACCAAGUGAAACUUUAAAAAACUGUCAUAUACCUAAACCCAUACUGCUUGCUACUGGUGAAAUGGCCUUCCCAUACAAAUGGCAUCCGACCGUACUCCCAACACAAAUUUUAAAAGUGGGGCAAUUGGCAAUUGUUGCAGUACCUGCCGAAUUUACUACAAUGGCUGGGAGAAGACUUAGAGAAGCAGUGGAAGAAGUUAUCAAUGAGACAGAAGAGGACAAUAAAACAAUAGCUGUUAUUGCAGGUCUGAGUAAUGCUUAUUCGUCCUAUGUAACUACGUACGAGGAGUAUCAGGUUCAGAGAUACGAGGGAGCAUCGACCCUGUAUGGACCUUACACUUUAGAUGCUUAUAUUCAGCAGUAUAAAAUGUUAGCUAACAAUAUGAUGCUAAGAAAUGAUUUAUCCGAAGGUCCAGAGACACCUAAUCUUCUUAGCAAACAGUUCAGUUUCAAUCGUAGAAUGUUGUUCAACAUUGCACCAUUUGGCAAGAAAUUUGGAGAUGUUCUAGAAGACGUCAAAGAAAAUUAUACGGUGGGUUCGACAGUGAAAGUCACCUUCGUUAGUGGUCACCCUAUUAAUAACAUGAAGUUGGAUGACACAUUUUUGACUGUAGAAAAAUGGAAAAAUGAUACUUCAGAAUGGGAAGUAGUGGCCACUGAUGCUAAUUGGGAAACAAAGUUCUACUGGAAAAAUUCGAAUAUAUGGCUUGGAAGUUUAGGCAAAGCGGAAAUAUUAUGGGACAUACCGGAAGAUACCGAACCAGGAAAAUACAGGAUACGCCAUUUUGGAACUAGUAGAAAUGUGUUACAAAGGAUAAAUUCCUUCGAGGGCAUUUCUAGUCCGUUUUUGGUUAUUAAUGAUUAAAAAAAUGAUAGUGGGAAAGGAGGAGAACGGGUUAGCAGUUAGUAGAAAUGUCUUGUUAAAAAAUAUUUUAAUUGAUUUAUCAUUUUAUGUGAUUUAAUAUUGUAUAUAAAUGGACGGUAAAAUUGUAUAUAGCAAAUUAAUAUUUAUUAUUCUGGAAUCAU